AUGGCGCCGUCCACCAUACCUCUACCACGAACCUCUCUGUCUACAUACCUCGAAUAUGCGACGCGCACGAAACUUCGCCCCGACCGAACGGUUUAUAUUGGCACGCACUACGAAUAUACGGCGGCGGAAGCCCUCCUUCGGCUUGGCUUCUCGCUCAUUCGGACGGGUCAGAAGAAUGAUGCCGGCAUUGAUCUCAUUGGCCACUGGAUGCUGUCAUUCUUGCGCGAGCCUAUGCCUGUCAUCGUUCAAUGCAAGUCGAGGAUGAAGACGUGCUCACCUAACGAGGUUCGGGAGUUGGAAGGCGCUUUCCAAAGUGUGCCACCCGAGUGGCGCAGUAAAGAUGUGCUUGGCCUGCUUAUUACGAAUCAGAAGGCCACCGAAGGCUUGCGAAAGCAAAUGUACCUGAGUACACGCCCUCUAGCCUUCCUGCAGAUUAGCAAGAAUGGCAUUAUUACUCAAUUCGUUUGGAAUCGAGCGGCUGCGGAACGGGGUUUAGAGGGAGUAGGAGUGACGCCAAGAUAUACUGUGCUUCCACCCGGCGAAUCGGAUAAGGAACUAGAGAUGUACAGGUGCGAGGAUCGUCCUCGAGACGCCCACGGCCGCUUCCUAAAUGACCCGUAUGCGAAGUUACGGAAGAAGGGUGCAUCUCGUACUGUUAUCACGGAUAUCCAGCUCACGUGGUUGGGGACGCCCGUCUUCCCUGACCAGGAUGAACUAACACUGGAGACGGCCAAACGUAUGGUUGCUAUUGCACAAGCUCACGGGAUUGCACACAUGGGGUUGAAGAAGCCCGCAAAGCCAAAGAGGGGGAGACCGCCCGGCUCCAAAAACAAGAAUGGCUACAAGCCUCGCGUUGAGGCGGUUAAAAAGAAGCGACGACAAAGUGUUUCGAGAAACGAGGUGAAAGUCACGGCAGCUUCCGUGACGAAAUCACAAGGAGAAGGAAGAGUAGGAAGGCCCUCGAAGGCAGUGAGAGAUGCCUUUGGUGACGAUGGAAGUGGGGUGAUAGUGGCCAGACCCGUUCCGCCAAAACGAGGACGAGGACGACCACCGAAAUCAGAAUCGGUGAAAAAGGCGUCAAAACAGAUGUCGAAUGAUAGUGUUAGAAGCAAAGAUGUCCCACUCGAGUCUGCGACACCAAGAAAACGAGGAAGACCAAGGAAGACUGUGGCAGUCCCUGAUGGUUGA